AUGGGCGCGGAUGGGGACAAGGAUUCCAAGACCAACCUGAUCAUAAACUACCUGCCCCAGAGCAUGUCUCAGGACGAGCUGCACACCCUCUUCAGCAGCAUCGGGGAGGUGGAUUCUGCCAAACUCAUCCGAGACAAAGUACAAGGCCACAGUUUAGGGUACGGAUUUGUUAACUUUGUAAACCCUAGUGAUGCAGACAGAGCUAUCAGUACUCUGAAUGGACUAAGACUUCAGUCCAAAACUAUCAAGGUGUCUUAUGCGCGGCCGAGCUCUGACAUAAUUAAAGAUGCCAACCUGUACAUCAGCGGCCUGCCCCGGGGUCUCGGCCAGAAGGACGUGGAGGACAUGUUCUCCCGAUACGGACAAAUCAUUAACUCCCGUCUGCUUAUAGAACAGGGCACAGGUACGAAAGGAGGGUCUCGAGGAGUUGCGUUUAUCCGAUACGACAAGCGCGCGGAGGCGGAGGAGGCCAUCAAAAACCUGAAUGGUCAAAAACCUCCUGGAGCCACGGAGCCGAUCAUCGUGAAGUUUGCGGCGAAUCCAAACCAGAUGAAGAACGCACAGCUCGCACCGCCGCAGGUUUUCCCCAACCCCUCGAGACGAUUCGGAGGCCCACUGCAUCACCAAGCCCAGCGCUUCAGAUUCUCUCCGAUGGGCGUGGAUCACAUGGGCGGGAUGGGCGGCAUGGGGGGCGUCCCCGGCAACAGUAACAACGGCUGGUGCCUCUUUGUGUACAACCUCCCACAGGACGCAGACGAGAGCGUCCUGUGGCAGAUGUUCGGGCCGUUCGGCGCCGUCACAAAUGUAAAGGUCAUCCGCGACUUCAACACCAACAAGUGCAAAGGCUUCGGCUUCGUCACCAUGACCAACUACGAGGAGGCGUCCAUGGCGAUCGGCAGCCUCAACGGUUAUCGCCUUGGAGAGAAGAUGCUGCAAGUGUCCUUCAAGACCAACAAAGGACACAAGUAA